AUGGCCCAGCCUUUACUCAGGAAAACUUUCUCCCGACUGAGGGGCAAGGAGCGCCUGCGGAGCAAAAAGGCGGCGCCCGCGCCGCAUGACGAACCAGAUCCUCCAUUGGAGCUACCAGAUGAUUUACAGCUAUCUUCUGAGCCUAAACCAGUAGAUACUGUUCUGUUGGAUGAUGGAUGCCAGAAAAGUGCCACCAUCACUGUGUCACGGAAACAGAACUGGGCCAAGUUCACCUGGGGCAGCCAAGAGGACUCUCAUAACAGGAAGCUGUGCCAGAGCUCUUCCAAUAUGCCACAGGCACCUCCAGACCUUGUGUCAGUGGCAACUGGACCCAAGAAAGCUACUGAAGUGCUGGGCAGCUACACAGAGACAUGUAACCCCAGCCUCAGUGCCAAGUGCAGCAGCCAAGGUGCGUACCUACAGACCCUGGAGAAAAGUAGCCGCCAAUGGGUGCUCUCUGCAGGGAAGACUCAGGGGGUAGAAGAGGCAGCUUCCAGCUCUACUACUGAGAUGGAAGAAUUCAACAUGCAUGGCAACACCCAAGGAGAGAUCUGGUACAACCCAAUUCCAGAGGAUGAGGACCUGCAGCUCCCCUGCCUUGAAAGGAAGUGGGGUAGUGGUUCUGAGAAUAGGAACAAGAAGAGGAACCCAAGAGAGGUUAAAGUCCCACAUGAAUGUAUAGAUGUUGGCAGCUCACAGAAGACAGUCAGUGAUGUGCAGAUUUCAACAAUCCAAGGGAGGCCUGCUAAGCAAGUGGAGAUGCUGGGUGACCACCAGUCUGAGAGUUGUGGAAAGGUGCCUGUUGCAACUGUGGAUCCUGAGGAAAGUUCAGCCAGUACCAUACUGAUGGCCCAGAACACCGUUGCCAAUAAAAAGAGCCAUUCUUUCAGCAAGGCCAAGUCCCCAGGCCCAGUGCGAAGCCUCUCCAUGAAGAUGAAGAAGUUGCCAGAGCUGAGACGGAAGCUAAGCCUGCGCAGCUCUCGUCCACGAGGGCCAGAGGGAAGCUCCUCCCCUAAGGAGUCAGGCAACGUCAUCAGCCGCUACCAUCUUGACAGUAGUGUGGCAUCUCAGCAACCCAUGACCUGGGGCAAGGCUGCCAGCAAUGGGGGCUAUUUGAGUGAUGGCGAUUCCCCAGAGCUUCUGGCUAAGGCGGAGGCAUGCCUUGGCCUUGAAGGGUCUUCGUUCCGGCUGUACAGUUUUGCUGAACAGCCUGGCUGUCUGCAGCAUCUCUCUGGUCUUGUCAGCAUCCACCUGCUGGGGAUCCAGGACUUCAAACCUCCCAAAGCUGAAACCAAAGAGCUCUUCUGCAUUCUUCAAGUAGACUCUGUUAACAAGGCCCGCACAGCCCUCCUACCUUGCCAGGCUGCUGUCCUCACUCUCAACCAUUCUUUCCAGCUGGAGCUGGAGGAUGCCCAACUUCUCAAAAUGGUGGUCUUCUCAUGUGAUCCUACUGUGGGCAAGAACCGAGUUUGCUGCCAUGGCACCAUCAUUCUGCCCCAGGUUUUUCAAGGUUGUAGGACCCAGCAAUUGGCCCUACAACUGGAGCCUCAGGGGCUUCUAUACAUCAAACUUACCCUGGUGGAUCAGUGGGACCCAGCUAACUCUGAACAGGAACCACAAGUCUUUGGAGUGAAACUGAGUCAACUGGUGGAAAGGGAAGGUGCUGCCAUCAAGGUGCCACUGCUAAUCCAGAAAUGUGUAACCCAGAUUGAGAAACGAGGAUUGAAGGUGGUGGGCCUGUAUCGCUUAUGCGGCUCAGCAGCAGUGAAGAAGGAAUUACGUGAUGCUUUUGAGAGGGACAGUGCUGCUGUUGUCCUCUCUGAAGAUCUCUACCCAGACAUCAAUGUGAUUACAGGGAUCUUGAAGGACUAUUUGCGUGAGUUACCCACUCCUCUUAUCACUGACCCCCUCUAUCAGGUGGUACUGGAAGCUAUGUCCAAUCGGACAGUGGGGCUGGAAGUGAAGGAGACAACAACAGCUCUUCUGGACUGCCUACCAGAGACUGAGAAGGCCACUUUGACGAUGCUGCUUGAUCACCUUAGUCUGGUUGCUGCUUUCCAUACCUUCAAUCGCAUGAAUGCCCAGAACCUUGCUGUGUGCUUUGGGCCUGUGCUGCUGAGCCAAGGGGCAGGGGGAACCGUAGUACGCAGACCUGGCCAGCAGCAUUGCGCCAUUGCCAGCACCAUGGACUUUAAACAUCAUAUUGAAGUGUUGCAUUACCUGCUACAAUCCUGGCCAGCUCCAAAUAGGAAGAUGGAAGAUGGUGAACAUACCUUUCCAAGCAAGCAGGCAUGUCGCCAGUGCCACCCUCCCCUGGAUCUGCCAUUGUCAAGCAACACUGUCAUGGCUCGAAGCCGCCCACGAGGAUUGGAAAGUCCUCCAAGCAAUCGUUAUGCUGGAGAUUGGAGUGUAUGCGGACAGCAGUUCCUAGGAGCCCCCAAGCCAGGCAGUGAGGCCGACUAUGAUGAGGUGGCAGGGAGUGAGAGUGACAAGGAAGAGGAGAAUGAGGAGGGGCCUUUGAGGAAAGGAUUGGCACUCCAUAGCCAAGCAGUCUACAUGGGUGAUUUUGCCCUGGUGGAGGAUCCAGAAGCUCCCUUUAGCCCGAGGCUCAAUCUGAAGGACUUUGAUGCUCUCAUCUUGGACCUUGAGCGAGAACUCUCCAAGCAAAUCAAUGUCUGCCUAUGAACUAUUCUCUCAGGACUUCAUAACAUUGUGAGCCUUCUAGCGUUGCCUCAGCAAGUUCUUUCUUCUGACUUACAAGCCAUGUCAGUAUUAUUUCUGCUUGUGGAUUUCAACCCAAGUGGGCACUCUCUUUUGGCCUUUGCCAGUGUUGAAGAGCCAGCGUGAGCUCUCACUGAUUGGCCAAAAGGCACAGUUGCUGGGGCUCUCCCCUCUUCAGUUUUAUAUGUGAACUGGGAACAGAGGAGAGAUGUGAGCUCUCAACCAGCACCUUGUUCAUACAUUUCAAUGCAAUCUUCCUCAACUUGGAACCUUCCAGAUGUGUUGGACCUCAGUUCCCAUAUUUCCCAGCCACCACGGCCAACACACCUGGAGGGCACCAGGCUGGGAAAGGCGGCUUUAAAUGCUUCCAAGGAAGAGAGGAUUUAUUCAUGGUUUAUUUUCUUUUCUUGAAAAGGUAAAAUUGAAAAAGUAAUGUUUAUGUGCAUGCUUUCCUAAUCAUUGAGAGCACUUUACCCGUCCUUGAAGGUAGGUCAAUAUUAUUAUCCUCCAUCAUUAUCUAGAGUCUGGACUGAAACACGGUAGCUUGCCAAAGACUGAGCUGAGCUGUGGUUGGGACCAGGGGUUUAUUGCUCCUUUUUUUUUAAUCACUGGGCUCUGGGCUGGCUGUAGGUUGAGGGUCCCUCAGACUCACUGAGGGGCCCCUGUUAGUGGAUGAUCAGAUUGGCCCUGGGCAGCUGGGAGCCCUAUCUUACGUUCCACACAAUUUUUCCCAUUCUGUUUCUGCUUCGAGGUAUUCUGGGAAACUAAAAGGGCAGUUUCAAGUUAAGGGAAACACUUUGUUUUCAAAGCGGUGGCAAGAUUUGGAAUGGGCUUGGCAAGGAUGCUGCCUUCUGUAGUUUUUAGUCUCUUUGGCUCUAAUAGCGUAUCACAGAAUCAUAUAACCGUACGAGCAUUUAUAUAACCGUACGAGCUUUUAGGGCAUUGAGUCCAGUCCACUGCUUUAAUGCAGGAGUCCAAAUUAAAUCACCCCUGUUUUAGCCUCUGCUUGAACUUAUCCUGUGAGAAGGAGCCCAUCACCACCCUGGGGAACUGACCCCAUUGCAGAACUGUUCUUGCUGUCAGGACGUUUUUCUCUCUAGCAUUCCACUGGACUCAGCCUUCCUAUAACUUAAAUUCAUGAUUGCAUAACAAAUCGUUCCUAUUCUCUGCAAUAAUAGUGAAUAGGUCUUCACCUUCUCCUGUGUGACAUCCUUUCAGGUAUUCAAAGAAUGCUGUUUUAACCCCCAUUCCCUUGCCUUUUCUCAAAACGAAAGAGUCAUAUGUUCUUCAAUUUCUCUUGGUUUCUAGUCCCUUGAAAAUCCUUGUUGCUCUUUUCUGAACCUGAUCCAUUUUGCCUCAAACAUUCUUAAAGAAUAAUGUCCAGAACUGGCCACAAUACCUGUGGUUGGGUCAGCCAGGUAUCGCCCCUAUUACGUAUAUGUGUAAUUUUUUGUUUUCAACGUAAGGAAUUUUACAGUUGCCUCUGUUAAAUUUGAUUCUGUUAUUUUCAGCCCAUGAUUUUAAUCUAUAACGUUUGUUAUUGAAUGUUAUUUUUUCUAGGUGAUUAAUUAUCCUAUCCAAUGUUGUGUCAUUUGCAAAUUAGAGAAGUAUUUAUUCUGCCUCUUCAUCUAAAUCAUUAACAAGGCAAAUGAAGAAUACAGGGCCAAAGACUGAAGCUUAUUCCUCCUCCCUCAUGGGAUACCUUCAGUCUAUCAAGCUAGAAUGCUUGAUGAACAACCAUUAUGAGUAUUUUGGGGAUAUGAUUUUGAGCUGGCUAUAUAUCGACUUAAUUGUCAUGCCAUCCAUCUUACUAAUUAGAAAAUUUGGGGGAAUUUUGGCAAAGUCUGAACUAUUACAUCUAUAGCAUUCUCCUAAUUUAUUAAGGACGUUAACCAAUCAAAAAUAAAUGGCUAGAGUUAUUCUUGGCAGAUCCAUGUUGACUUCUUGUAAUUAUGGGAUUGUUAUCAGGUACCUACAGAUUGACCCCUUCAUGAACUGCUCUCAAAUCUUCCCAGACAUCAAUAUCAGACUGAUUUGUAUGGUGUUCCUCGGGCCCUCUUUCCCCCCCUUUUGAAGAUAGGGACUCUUCACCGCCUCCAGUCAUCUGGCACCUUAUCAGUUCUCAAGGACUUCUCAGAAAUAAUGCCUAAAAGUUCAACCAGUUUGUCAGCAAAUUCUUUCAGUUCUCUUGGGUGUAAUUCAUCUGGACCUGGCAAUUUAAACUCAUUCAAAGUAAAUAAGUUUCUCUUGACUUGUUAUUUAUCAGUCUUGAACUUUACAUCUUUCCCCUUCAUCUUAUUCUUCAGUGUCUCCUGGAACACACAUUAUCUUUUUGGAGAGGACUGAGUCUCAAAUAAGAGUUGAAGGAGAUGAAUGGCUCUGUCUUUUCUUUGUUCCUGCUAACAUUGUCAUCUACUAAGCAAUUCAUAUGCUGAUCAAUUUAUUUUAUUUUGAGUAUAUCUGUACCUGAAGACACCCAUUUAGCACAUUCCUCAGCACAUUCUGAGUUGUAGAUUUACUAACACCAUCUCUGAAAAUCUGGCCAAUUUUUAAAAUAUUCUUCCUUGGCUACUGUUCCCUCCUUUGUUCUAUUUGUAUUUCUCAAUGUUCUCAGAUUUUCACUAACAUGCUAGUGCAGCCACAUGGGCUUCUUCAGCUAUCCUCCAUCUUUUCCCUUCAUUUAAAUUGUUUGCAAUUGUGCUUUUAGUAUCUCCUGCUCCUUUUCCCAGUGUGCCCAGCAGUCUCUUAAGACUCAUAGCUUUCCUGUCCGCCUUUCCUUCCUCAGAGUCCCUUGCUAUCCAGUUCAUACACUCAGUUCAGUGUUUCAGAUCUAUGUGUUUCAAGAAGACUUUGUGAUAUCCUGUCACCAAAGCAGGACCGUUGGACUCACUAGGAUUGAAGCCCCACACCCUGAUUCUUUGACAUGGCAGCAUCUGGGGGGUUUCUCCCCCCAUCCUUGUCCAUUUUCAGUAGCAUGAAUUUCAUGCUUUUUAGACAAAUAGCACCCAAGUAGUUGUCACCAAUAGGCUUAUUCAGUUUUACUAAACAAGCUUUUCAGAAUUCCAGCCUUUUUUCCACCCCACCCAGUGAUAUCACCGUCAUACCUCUGAGCUGUUUUCACAGGUAAAUAACAUGGAACAAGCAUAUUUGUUAAAAAUCCCUUUUAAAAAAGGUUGUUUGUCUGAAGCGUAGGAGGAAAAGGAAAAUUGUCACUGUUUCCUUUGAAAAGAGAAGGAAAGUACUUAUGCCUAGUAUUUCACAUUUCAAUGUGCAAAAUGAUUCAAAUAUGCUGAUAUUUUGAGAAUGUGGAAAUGGAUUGUUGCAGAUUCAGCGUUAAGGAAUGAGCGCCUGCUGUCAAGAUAUUACAGAUCCAUCUCUGCUUAUCCUAAUAUUCUACUUUUGGCUAGAUUAAAGAAAUGAGAAGGGGAAACAAUGCUCUAUCCUUUCUGUUCACUGAGGAGAGAUCAGUGCUUUAGAGUUGGGGCUCUGAAGCAAGGUUUAUGUUACGUGUAAGUGGGUGGAAGUGAAUAGAAAAAAAAUCUAGCUUUUCUGUUACUCCAAAUUUUGGGGAGGUGGUGUUGGGAGUAGCCAUUAGUAAAAUCCUUGGCGGAGUUUUUUCUGUUGUUGUUUUGCCGUAGACAAUGAACUGCUGGGCUCCAUUUCUAUGUUGCUGUGUGUAAAGUUGUAGCAUGGGUCUUACCUCCAUCUAAUCCAGCCACUGCUUUUCAGUAGCAGCUCAGCUCUUGAUGAACCAAGAUCUGGGGCACCAAAUGGUCAGUUAGCUUUAAAAAAGGAGGAUGUUCACCUGGAGGAUGGCAGCUUUCUGCUCCAUCUUAGUCCAUUGUAAUUGGAUCAGGCCAGCAGCCUCUCCGUAGGUAUUUAUAAAGCCUUAUUUAUUCAAGAGGGACAAGAAUACUGGGAAGAGAAUGUGACCCCUGCCCACCUCCCCCAGGCAAGCAGCGUCUGAAGCUUUGGGGCAGGCAUCUGCUGAAUGCGACGAUGCAGCCCAUGUGCCUCGUACAAAGUGUUAACAGGAGACAGGGCUGGGCAGCAGCCGCACACCCCUAGCAGCUUGGAGCUAGGCUCAGUCCGUCAUAAGCCGAGUCUCUGCAGCAGAAGCUUCAGGCCCCUUUUAAGCAGUAUUUAAUUCUCCACUUAGGGCCAACAGGUUCAGCUGGGGGGAACCUGUUCGAAGGCUGAGUGGCUUUGGGUGCUAGUCAGCCUGAUGGAGAAAUAUGGUACGGAGGAUGCGGGCUUUUUAAAGAUAUGUAUGUCCUUAUGGACAAUUAAAAUACCUGUGAAUACACA